UUGCUAGAAAGGCCCGGGACUUGGCCAGGCUUUUUAGGGGAGGACUUAAAUACUGGAUGCACCUUCCUGUCCUGCUUUUCUCUACCCCGAGGGGAAAGAAAAUCGCCUUUCGGAUUUCCCAAUUCUAUUUCUUGCAAGGUGCAACUGAUCCCAUGCAAGAGGUUGUUGCAAAAAAGACAACCCAUUGUCACUCCUUAAGGAUGUCAUCUGAUUGAGCACUUCGUAAAACAACUUCUCCUUACAUCCUGGAUAAAAACCCAAUGGCAACCGGUCUCUUUUGCUGACAAUAUUACAGAGGGAAAAGGACGAAUCCAAGAAGACAUCAGUUCCUACAAUUUUACAGGACUCUACCCAAAUUUGUGUCUCGUUGAGAGUGUAAAUGGCUGCCGAGGAAGGUUCUAAAAGGUCCACGCCUGGGCACCCGAGGGUCAAAAUGGAAGACCACGACCCCACGGGCCCCAAAAUAGCAGAAGGGGCAGAAAGGGCCAGGAAAUCGCCUCGCGUCCUUCAAGUCGGGACCAUCAGGGAGUUCCUCAACUGGGCUGCACCUCUCCAAGUCAAGGAGGAACCCGAAGAAGGCUUGCCCGAACGCUGGGAAUCCCAGUGGCAGGAGUUCCUCGCCGCCAUGCAGUCCUCCCAUCUCGGGUGGGGAAGCUCACCGCUGACCGAAGACGUGGUGCCAUGGGGGGACAACAAGGCCUUUUUUGCCUCCUUCGAGCGCCUGGCCGGGACUUGCAAGCUUCCCCGGCGCGAGUGGUUGGCCCGCCUCUUGCCCGUGUUGAGCCGAGAGGCCAAGGAGGCCUACAGCAACCUUAGUGUCCGAGACCGCGGGGAAUACGGCAAGGUCAAGGCAGCCAUCCUGAAAGUGGACGCCAUCCGGAUGGAGACCCAGCGCCAGCGCUUCCGGCAGUUCCGCUUCCACGAGGCCAAGGGGCCCCGGGAAGUGUGCAGCCAGCUGCGGGAGCUCUGCCGGGGGUGGCUCAAGCCGGAGAAGCACACCAAGGAGCAGAUCUUGGACCUCCUCGUCCUGGAGCAGUUCCUGACCCUCCUCCCGCACGAAAUCCAGAGCUGGGUCAGGGAGCACGACCCGGAGACCUGCGCCCAAGCGGUGCCCCUGGCAGAAGCAUUCCUGCUGAAGCGCCGGGAAACAGAAAGGAAGGAAAGACAGACACUGGAAGCCCGGCUUGUGAGCAGGCCUGAGUCGAGAGCACCUCCCUUUGGCGCUGGGCUGAAACGGAUCUGCAGAGAGGUGAAGCAAGAAAGCAUAAGAGUUCUGGAUUCAAGUGACUCCGGUAGCGACUAUGGGGAGAAGAAGGCAAUCCGUAGCACAGAGAAUGGUCUGAAAAGUCCUGGCAGAGUUCAGCUGAGUCCAAGGAGCUUCCUCCAGAUUCCUGAGGCGAGGAAAAUGUUCCAUCAGGGCCAGGCCCUCAUUAAACACCCGAGGGUCCACACAACUGAGAGUCCCCAUCAGUGUCCUGAUUGUGGCAAGCACUUCACCCAACGCUCGAGCCUCACUAUUCACCGGAGAAUCCACACUGGGGAGAAGCCGUACCCUUGCCCUCAGUGUGGAAAGUGUUUCCGCCAGAGCUCCAACCUUCUCAAACACCAGAGAAUCCACUCGGGCGAGAAGCCGCACCAGUGUCCUGAGUGUGGGAAAUGUUUUGCGCAGCGCUCGAACCUCCUCAUCCACCAGAGGACCCACACGGGAGAGAUGCCCUACGUGUGCUCUGAGUGCGGGGCUUGUUUUAGCCAACACCGCGGUCUGGUCACUCACCAGCGGAUCCACAUGGAGGAGAUGCCGUACGGCUACGGCUGCCCAGAUUGCGGCAAAUGCUUCCAGCAGAAUUCAGAUCUCACAAAGCACUUGCGUGUCCACACGGGCGAGAAGCCGUACAGCUGCCCCGAAUGCGGCAAAAGCUUUAGUUACAGCUCCAACCUCAGCAAACACCAAAGGAUUCACACGGGUGAGAAGCCGUACCUCUGCAACGUGUGCGGGAAGAGCUUCAGCCACUUGUCCACUCGCAACACGCACCAGAGGGUCCACACGGGGGAGAGGCCCUACGGCUGCACCGAGUGCGGGAAGCGCUUCAUUUCCAGCUCCAAGCUCACGAGACACAUGCGGACUCACUCGAUUUACACCCCGUACAUCUGCAACGAAUGCGGGAGGAGCUUCAGUACUCACUCCACCCUGACGGCGCAUCAGAGGAUCCACUCGGCUGAGAGCUACGGGGUGGGCGAUUCGUGGGAGGUGGCCGAACAGGGUCCGAGCAGCCGCCUGGGCAGGUUGUCGCCGCUGUGAUGGACGCCUGUUCUGUUCCUUAUGAUUUAGUCUGUCCCGGUCGUAUAUAGGUCCCUUGUGAUGCUUAGAGGAAGGGUGCCAGGUCCCUAAAGUCUUGGAAACUGGAGGCCUGAAGUGUGCAGGCAGGAGGUGAGAAGAAGGGAAGGAUGGUAUAGGAUUAGCUUGGUGGUUUUGGAAAAUAGAGGUAGGCUGGGGAAAACAGAAAUAAUAGGAUAGCGAGAGGGAUGGAAUCAAGGUUUCAGGCUUGUAUUGCCAGUUAGUUUUAGAAGGCAAAACCUAGUGCAGAAUAGAGGUUCUUGUAUUUUAUCACAAGCGGCCUCAAGACCAGCUGUUUUUAGCCUCUUUGUAGUAAUGCAUGUACCACUGAAAUGUAGCAGUGUGAGAACUAAAUAGAGCCUCCAGCUUCAGUAACAGUAUACCUCUGACUUCCCGUGGCUUGACAUAAGCGGCAGAUGAAGGCGAUGGCCGAUCUCUGAUCUAGCUCUGUCUGAUGCUGGAUUGGUGGUGGAUUUUUUAAAGUCCACGUGGCCAGAGGUGAAUGUGUUAGUCCAUCAGGAGAUAUUUUAUGCUGUUGGGCAAUACUUUUCCUGGGAGCAACCAAAGUCUCACAAGCAGUGAGCAAGCUUUUGAAUUCUUCAAAAUGUUAUUCAUUAGCCUGGGUGUUAAGCAAAGCACAAGGUAGGAGAAAAAAAAAAGAAAACCCUCAAAAGAGCUAAUGCAAAAAAGAAGAAGAAAAGUUGUGUAUUUUAGCCAUAGAAUUUGGAUUUAGACUGAAGCGUGAAGGUAGGUACCUGUCUGCAUUUUAGAAGCAAAAUGAUUCAGUUCCUGAUCCCUUUUCUUGGGUUGGUUCAAGGGAAUGGAUUAGACCUCUCUAACAGAGUUCCAAUUAUAAUAACUGCAGAGCGUAUAACUAUUGUUUCACUUAACACACAUAUGGGGCAAAAUGGUUUUUCUAGUAAUUUGUUAGGUCCUGUAGACGAUUCUAUGGUAUGGCUCCCUUGGACGUUCUCAUACAAUCACCUUGGAGGGCCUCGCUAAUGGCACCAUGGUGUCAUUUAAUGGUGUUCAGUUGUAUCUGUGAUAUAAGUUACUACAAUCUGGUCUGAGACACCCCACCCCACAAUGGAUACGGGGAUCUUAUCAUAUGUUACCAAAACAACAGACAGACAGCAUAGUAUAAUAAUUAAAUAAGAUGUGGUUUUAAUGUUAGACUACAAUUCUAGGGCACCAAGGUUUGACAUGGAAAGCCAUUGGGUCAACCUGAGCAAGAGAAAGUGAAUGGCAAAUCUCUUGCCCAGAAAAUCCUAUGAAAGGCUUACCUUAGACUUCCAAAAAGAUGGAAAUUAAUUUAAGGCAUAUGACAUCAACACCAAACUACAAAUCCCAGGAGUCCAUAGGAUGGACCCAUGACAGUCUGAAUGGCAUUCAGCUUGAUACAUACCUGUAUAGUGUAGACCAGGCAUGGGCAAACCUGGGCUCUCCGGGUGUUUUGGACUUCAACCCCCCACAAUUCCUAACAGCCGGUAGGCUGUUAGGAAUUGUGGGAGUUGAAGUCCAAAACACCCGGAGGGCCAAAGUUUGCCCAUGCCUGGUGUGAAAUACUCAAAAUAGAGGAGAAGCCUUAAAAAUAACAAGUGAAGAUCACUGUGAGUAACUCUAAAGCAAUGUGCUUUGAGCAAAGACAACUCCUCAAUCCGCCUUAUAUAUGAUGUUAAGAUCUAAGCUGGCAGCAAUUGACUACGGUCCCAUCUACACUUCCAUUUAAUAUCAUUUUUAAUUGCAUUAUGUGACAGGGUAGAUGGGGCCUAAGAAAAUGAUCCCAAGGUUGUGCUGGACAAUUUAGUGCUAUUCUCAAACAAACACACACAAAUGGGUAAAGGCAGAUUUUGUAUUGGGAUUCAUAAAGAAUACAUUUAAAAAAUAAAAUGGCCAAUGUCAUAAUGGCUUUGCACCAGGACUUCCCAACCAGGAGUCCACAAAACAUUAAAAAUGCGAUGAUAGGUUGUCGAAGGCUUUCAUGGCCGGAAUCACUGAGUUGCUGUGAGUUUUCCAGGCUGUAUGGCCAUAUUCCAGAAGCAUUCUCUCCUGACAUUUUGCCCACAUUCCUGGCAGGCAUCCUCAGUGGUUGUGAGGUCUGUUGGAAACUAGGCAAGUGGGGUUUAUAUAUCUGUGGCAUAAUGUCCAGGGUGGGAGAAAGAACUCUUGUCUGUUUGAGGCAAGUGUUGCAAUUGAUCACCUUGAUUUGCAUUGAAUAGCCUUGCAGCUUCAAAGCCUGGCAGCAGACGGGUGACUUAUCUUGCAUAUUCAGUCCACCUUUUGGUGCUGAAUUGCAGUUUUACACUCUUUUAUCUGACAGACUUUCCUUUUACCGUGAUUUUCUCCAAAUUGGAAGUAUCCGUAUUACAGAUAGUAUGAUCAUUUAUUUGGUUUGUUUAUUUGGUAAGAACUUUAAUCAAAUUUACAGAAUUCUUUGUAAAUGAAGUGGAAGGAAUUUGUGAUUUUGGAAAGGGGUAAAAAAAUGCUAAAGAAAGCAAUAUAGACAGCUUGUCCGUCUUUAAGAGGUUAUAUUUUUUUCCCCAAAGGCUGGGCUCUGUAGUCACAGUGUCUGGGCGAAGGCUAGGAUUGUGUAUCCUUUUGGUGCUUUGAAAAUCAAUUCUGUGUCACAAGAAAAGUUGGAUUUGGGCAUUGUAUAUAUAGAUAUAAACUGUUCAAAGUA